AACCAACUCUCUGCACUCUGGUCUGUGCUCUGCAAAAAAUAAAAAAACCCUAACCCUAGCUCUCUCUUUCUCUCUCUCUCUCUCUCAACUACAUUUGAAUCUCUCAUCCCUCCCAUCACUCCCCAAGAAAGCACUCGCUUUCUUGACCCUGAUGUCGAAGCGCAAUCGCAUUUUCCGAUCCUCGAGCCUCGGAGAGGUGGGUCUGUUCGCCGCGACCCAGCUGAUCGAACCUCCCGUGGCUCGUCUCGAAAAGAAGCGCCCGACCCUCGUCACCGCCGCGGUGCGGCGUCGGAGACCGAUCGUGAACUCGAAACCACCGGUCGCGAAACCAGAGCAGCCUCGGCGGAGCAUUCUGACCCUCGGAUCGCCCGUCCUUCUGGAGAACAAUGAGGGAUAUGAGAAGCGCGCGGAUGAGCGGUAUGGGGUGUUUCUUGAGGCGUGUUACUUUUGCAAGAAAAAGAUCGAUGAGGACGGUGAUGUCUUCAUGUAUGGCUACCUUCGUGCAUUUUGCUCCCUUGACUGUCGAAACAUGCAGAUGGCUUUUGAUGAGAAUAAUAGACAACCUUCCCCAAAAUCAACACAGAUAAUGGCAGAAAGCUUCUUGAAGAAAGGUCUGGAUAGGCGUGAGUUGGACCCUCGAAUUACAAAACUUGCUGCUGCAUCAUAGCUGGGUAGUUUGACAGAAAUUUAACUGCUUUUGAUCUGCAGGCGUGCACUGCUGUUGCAUUUUUGAAAUCAGCUUGCACCUUUGUAUAGAGAAGUAGCCCAUUUUACACUAACUUUUUCUCAUUGUUAGCAAUUCCGCAGUGGGUCUUGUACAGUCCACGGAUUUCCUGAAAUUGUUCUCAUGCUUAUGAUGUUGGAUUCUAUGUGAUUUAGACUGGAAACAGCCUUCAUGUUUGAGGAUGUUUUGGAUUUUCUA